AUGCCGCCUUCAGUGUCCGACGCUGAUAAAUAUAAAAAAGCUAAAACUUUACGGUUGGUUGAAAUAAACAGAAUUAAAGAGACGCUUGAUAUCGCUAAAUCCGCUAAACAAGAUGAUUCUUUACGCCCUGUUUUUAUACAGAGAUUAGACUCAGGUCAGCAUGUAGUAUCUCUUCCUUUUAAAACAGAAAUCGAACCGAUAUUUGAAAAUACAAAAUUAUCAGCUCUACGCAGAUUUCUUUCAUUAGAAAAACGUUUAAAAUCUAACCCAACCUUAUAUAAUGAUUAUCGAAAAAUAAUUCAAGAUUACAUAGACAGCGAUCACUUAGCGUUAGCAACUUCUUGUGAUCAAAAUGAAUAUUUUAUACCGCAUCACUGUGUAUUUAAUCCUAAUUCAAUUACUAGUCCUGUUAGAAUAGUAUUUGACGCAUCUUGUAAAGAUUCAAAUAAUUUAUCGCUUAAUAAUUGUCUAAUGACUGGUCCAAAAUUGCAAAAAGAUAUAGCUUCGGUAUUAUUAAAUUUUCGAAUUUUUUCUAUCGCUAUCACAGCUGACAUUAAGGCUAUAUAUCGCCAAAUUCGAAUUGAUCCAAAAUAUUAUAAAUUUCAAAAAAUAUUGUGGCGAUUUCCUGAUGAGGAACCAAUUAGAGAAUAUAAUUCAAAAACGGUUACUUUUGGUGUCAGUUCAUCACCAUAUCUUGCUCUUCGAACAAUCAUUCAGUUGGCUAAUGACGAAAAACAUAAUUAUAAAUCUGCCGCGAAUAUUCUUUUGUCAAAUAACAUUUUUGUUGAUGAUAUUUGUACCGGUUGUAAUUCAAUUGACGAUGCUGUCAUACUGCAACGCGAUCUUACCAAUUUAUUAAAAAAGGAAGGUUUCGAAUUGAAAAAAUGGGCUAGUAAUAACCAUGAAUUUUUAAAACAUAUCGAUUCAGAUCUUUUACAUACUAAAUGUGUAUCUUUUGAUUCGGAACCGAUUCCUACAUUAAAAAUUUUAGGAUUACAGUGGAAUCCAAAUGAAGAUAAUUUUUCUUAUGUUGUCACUCCGUCAGAGAAACCCUGUACAAAAAGAAAUAUUUUAUCAGACAUCGCUCGUGUAUAUGAUCCGCUGGGUUUUCUAACUCCGGUAACGCUUUUUUCAAGAUUAUUAAUACAAAAGUUAUGGUCUUUAAACUUAGAUUGGGAUGACGUUCCACCAGCGCAUAUUUUAAAAAGAUGGAACGAUUAUAAUUCUCAGUUGUCAGAAUUAUCCGCCCUACGCAUACCUCGCUGUAUUUUUUCGGAAACGUACGAAUAUGUUGAUUUAUGUGGAUUUUGUGAUGGGUCCCAACAUGCGUAUGCAGCGUGUGUCUAUGUCCGAAUUGUAUCGCAAAAUAGAAUAAGUACAAUUCUGCUCGCUGCUAAAUCAAAGGUAGCGCCGCUCAAAACGCAAUCAAUUCCUCGCUUAGAACUUUGUGGAGCUUUAUUGCUCACACGAUUAAUACAUUUUGUAAUAAAGUCACUCGCUACUACGCUUACUUUUAAAAAUAUUUUUACUUUUACUGAUUCGCUAAAUGUAUUACAUUGGCUUCACGCAUCUCCUCAUCGCUUUAAACCUUUUAUCGCCAAUCGCAUCGCUAUUAUUCAAGAAUUACCUAAUUCUAUUUGGUUGCACGUCGCUACGGAAAAUAACGCCGCUGAUCCUGCGUCCAGAGGCCUUCUUCCUUUAGAUUUUGUAAAAUGCUCUUCUUGGUGGACAGGACCAGAUUUUAUCAAACUACCGACAACCACAUUCUAUGAUAAUUUUUGUAAAUUUUCUCCUGAUUUUCCCAUAAAUGAAUCGGAUAAGGAAGAAAGAAAAAUUGCUUUAAUAACGGUUAAUCAAUUUGACAUUUUUGAACAACUUUUAGAAAAAUAUUCAUCACUUUCUAAAAUACAAAGAAUUUUAGGAUAUGUUAAUCGAUUUAUUUUUAAUUUGAGGAACCCAAAUUCAAGAAAUACUUCUUAUUUUUCUGCUCGUGAUUUAAACAACGCUUUACUACUGCUUGUUAAACAUGUGCAAUAUAAAUAUUUUAGGUCGGAUUUAGAAAAUUUUCUCAGUAAAAAGUUAAUGUCUAAACCCUUUUGCAAAUUAGCCGCAUUUGUUGAUGAUUUGGGAUUCUUUCGAGUUGGAGGUAAAUUAAAAAAUUCGUUGUUAAAUUAUGAAAAGAAAUAUCCUUUAAUUCUUCCAAGUAAUUGCCGCUUAACAUAUCUCUUGCUUGAAUAUACACAUAAAUGUAAUCUACAUCCAGGAGUGCAAACUACUCAGUUUUUACUUUCGCAACACUAUUGGAUUCUAUCCACACGGCGAGCUGUCAAACGCGUUCUUUCUAAAUGUCUUACAUGCUUUCGAGUUAACCCGCCUACAUUGCAACCCUUAAUGGGCAAUUUGCCUGCCAGUCGAAUAUCAAAGAUUAAACCAUUUUCUGUGGUCGGGAUCGAUUUUGGAGGUCCAUUUUUUAUAACAGCUACACGUAUUCGCGGUGUAAAAGUGAUCAAGGCUUACAUUUGUAUUUUUGUUUGUUUCGCCACGAAGGCUAUUCAUAUAGAACUAGCUUCUGAUUUAAGCGCCAAUUGUUUUUUAUGUGCCUUACGCCGUUUUAUUGCCCAACGAGGUAGAUGUUCAAAAAUUGUCUCUGAUAAUGCCACUAAUUUUUCCGGUGCAAAUAAGUACCUUCUUAAUAUAUUUAAAACUGCCGCAGCUGAAGAAAAAAUUGAAUGGCGUUUCAAUCCUCCGUCAGCUUCACAUUUCGGGGGCCUGUACGAGGCUGGAAUUAAAUCCGUAAAGUCACAUUUGGCUCGUGUAAUUGGAGACCAGCGUCUUAUAUAUGAAGAAUUUAAUACAAUUCUUGUACAAAUCGAAGCUUUACUAAAUUCUCGUCCGUUAAGUCCCCAAAGUUCCGAUCCAAAUGAUUUUCUAGUACUUACCCCGGGACAUUUUUUAACUCUUGAACCCCUUACGUGUUUGCCAGAUCCAGAUAUGUCAAAUUUAAAGAUUAAUAAUUUAGAUAGAUAUCAACUGUUACUGCGCUUGCAUCAAGACUUCUGGACAAGAUGGCAUUCUGAAUAUUUAAACACCCUCCAACAGAGAGCUAAAUGGCUUACACCAGGCCAGCCUUUAAAUGAAGGCGAUUUAGUAUUAAUUAAAUCAGAAAAUAUUCCACCAAUGACCUGGAAAAUUGCUCGUGUUACAAAACUAUUUCCAGGUACUGAUAACAUUGAUUCACAUGUGUCUUCGUCGGAAUCAGAUCCGUUUGGAGGAGAUGACGAAGAUUUAGAUCCUGACUUUGAGCUUGAAAGAGCCCCAAGAAAGACACGCAGACUAGAUGUACAAGAGCCUUUAUAUGACAGUUCAUCUUCGUCCGUAGAGCAAAAAAAAACAAAGAAAAAUGCGUAA